AUGCAAUCUGUAUUGUAUCAGUCACCACCACAAACUUUACAAGAUCAAGCAGCAGCAGUAGCCAAAAUGUCUCCACAUCAAAUUCAAUCUCUCGUCGAGGGAUUAGAAAUCCUUUCAUUAAACGAUGAUGAUAUCGUAGUACCAGCUGUUGCUAUUGCUACACCUAUCAAUCGUAGUACUGAAAUGUUAAAGAAAUCUCAACAACUACAACAACAACAACAAAAAGAUGAUAUGGAUCAUCAACAUCAACAACCAGAUCAACAACAACAACCAGAUCAACAAACAGAACAAGAUUGCAUUAUUAGUAGUCAAGAACAAAUCAGUGAAAGUAGUGGAGUUGCAACUAGUCACAUUUAUAGUAGCAGUAAUCAAUGUCUGUCCGACUCUGAGGAUUCCAUGACAGAGUCGGAUCAAAGUGAUUCGUCCGAUGAAGAGUUUAGUGAUCUUGACGACUCUACAGACGAUGAGUCUGAAGAAGAUUACGAUGAUGAAAGUGAAAGUGAUGAAGAAGAAUCAGAAAGAAUCAAUCUUAGAAAGAGUAGUGGUGCCAUACUUCACAAGAGAUUCAUGUUGACUGCCUCUGAUGACGACGACGAUCAAGAAGAAUCAGAUUCAUAUUCAGACGAUCAAUCAGAUUCAGAUUCAUCCGACUCUGCAUUUGACGAUUUUGACGAUCGAAAUGAUAUCCACGACUUUUCCAAUUGCGAGGAUUUCAGUGAUUUCUUGCCUCCCCUCAACUACUCGUUUGAGUUUAAGAGUCCACAACGCAGCAAGACACCCAUCACACCACCCACGUCACCAGUCAACCACUUUUACAUCGAGACUGACGACGAGGACAGCCCACUCAAGGGGUCGGUCGGCUUCCAAGACCGCAUCAACCAAGAGAUCCACGACGCACUACGAAACUCGCUCAACAGCGGCAAGAAUGGCAGUACCAGCCUACCGUUCUGGUUCAACCAACAGGACGACGACCAGCUACAAGCCAUCUUUGAGGCAUUUGGAAACUACCUCCAGCUCGAACGCGAGAUCAAGCUCAUUAAGCGUGCCCCACGUCCAUUUGUGGGUCGCGUCCACAGCAGAAUACUCCAGACCGACACGAUUGACAAUAAGCAGGUACUCACCACACUUGACCGUGUCAAAGUCUACCGAUGGGACAUUCAACCAAUCGGACGUAUGCUCAUGCCCACCAGAUCCGUCAUCCUCUUGACCAAGUGGGACUGUGACACUGGGUUACCAAUCGAUAUUAGAUCCGUGUCGUCUUUGUCUCUCAAAGACUAUUGGCAACAAUUACCAGAAGAAAAGGAGAAUUUGGCCCAGUCCUAUCUCUACUGUUCACCCAUCUUUAACAGCACUAAUCAGUAUCAAUACAAUGUCUGCUCGGUCAAGUAUCCAGUAGACUAUCUUUCAGCACGUUAUCAACCCAUUUCUGCCAGUUCACCAAAACAUCAAUUCAUCUCUGCCACCUCCCCAUCUCAUCAUCUCCAUCCAUCACUCAUCAUGUCAUCCAAUAUUUAUUCACAUCAAUUAAUUCCACAAUCUUUAUUUUUCCAAAAGGAUACAUCAAAUGAUGAUUCUUAG